CUAUCUCAAAAAAAAAAAAUGGGGAAUGAAAGUUGGGGCCAUUUUAUUUUGAAAGACUUUCAAACUUGGUGGUCAUAACAAUUAACAACGAAACGACGUCGCUGCGUUAUUGGGUCCUUCCCUGACCAAUAGUCAAUUAAAUUCAAUUGGAAACUACUAAUCAUCGGUGACCGGCGAAGCCAUGGCUGGAACCUCAACUUCAAUGGCGGCGUUGCUUCUCCUCUUACUGGGUUUAGCGAUACCGAGCUCACUUGCUUAUCGACCCGGGGACAUAGUUCCCAUGAGCCGAAUGGGGCAAUAUCACGCUUCGAGGACCGUUUGGCAAGAUAUGAUCGGCAGGCAUUGCCCGAUAUUCGCGGUUAAUCGCGAGGCGUUGAUUCCUAUACCUAAGCCCACUGGAUAUACUGGAGCUGAUCCGUACAAAAUAUCAUUUCAAGUUGGACAAGAAAAAUUUUAUGUUCCUUGGCUUUUUGUUAUCAACCGGAAGAGUUCUGAAGUACCAAUGAUUGAGAUGCAUCUGAGGUACUCAGGAGCUGAUUUGCUUGGUGUCACUGCAAAAGUUGUAGAUAUGCCUAACAGCUAUGUAGAACUUCAUCCAGACAUCCGCAAACAAUUUUGGGAUCAGCAAACAUGGCCAAAACAUAUUCUUGUCAGAUACACAUGGGAGGAGCAGUCAGAGAUAGAUGUCGCUUCUGGAUUUUAUGUUCUCUUUGGAUCAGGGCUGAUGCUUUCUUUCAUUCUCUCAAUCUAUGUCUUACAAUCAUCAAAAGAUAAAUUGGCAAGGUUUGUGAAGGAGACAGUAGCUGAAAGUAGCAUGCCUGCUGGAGGUGUCGCUAAAGUUGAAUGAUUAUCUUGAAAUACAAGGGUUGACGGAGUCUACUGCAGUCUGCAGGCAAGCAAAGUGAACUAGCGUAGUUUGUAGGGAUCGAGAGGUCUACCUUGUGACGGAGUAUAUGCAAAUGAUGCGGCGAGCAAAAUUGUGCCCAGAAAACCUAGUCGUUGAAUAGAUUGAAAUACGGGCAUCGAUUAGAAAUGGCUCGACACAGAAGGUAAAUAACUCCAAUAUUUUCCUUCUUGCAGUGAGAUUUCCUGUCAGGGUUUUGUGUAUGAUUAUGAAUGUGGAGUAAAGAAAUAUAUACUUAACUACAGCUUUUGAGACUCACUGGCUUCCAAUUAAUUAACAUGGACAUCAUGAAAGAUGCUGUAUGUGUUUUUCUUCUUUGUUAUUGAAACAUUAAUGGUCUAAUGCCAUUAAUACAUUCCACUGUUUCA